CAAGUGCAGCUGUCAAUGGUGAAAAUGGCGAAUUGUGAUGGAGUCCGGGAAUUGAUCAUAACUUAUUAAUUUUCUUAAUUUUGUGGCUAAUAUAAACAUUUCCGUAUUCAAGGAAGUGCCCCGAGGAAACACAAAUUUCAUAAUUAAGUUGUGUACCUAUUAUUUUACUCGCCGUUUCUUGGAUCUGGAUCAGGGGCUUUGCAAUACGGAAGACAUAAAUGAACCAAAACCAAAUCCAACAACUUACCACUCACCUAUCUCAGGCACUUGAUCAAAACUACGAUGUCGUCAAUAUGGAUGCAGUGCUUUCUGUUAUAUGUGCAUUGGAAGGCACAACAAUUACCAAGGAGCAGCUGGAGGCCACCAGACUGGCCAAAUACAUAAAUCAACUCAGACGAAGGACCAAGAAUGAGCACCUUGCUCGACGUGCAAAAUCCUUGCUGAAAAAGUGGCGAGAAAUGGUGGGAAUUCAGCAACCGGCUACUGACAAUAUGCAACAUCCCAGUCAAAUCCCUUCCCUGCCCACUCAGCCAUCGUCAGAUUUUGUGAAGUCCACCGCCACAGAACCAGACAGCCACUUAAGCGAGUCAGUAGGAUAUUUUCCGUUCUCCCAAUCACUGCCAUCGCAGCAACAUUUUUCUGACGUGCAUUCAAAUGCCGAUCCUUCCGAGCCUCCGCCCUUAGGUGUCCACACCCAGCUUCACAAAAACUUCUCAAAUCUUCUAUAUAACUGCGAACGCGAUGAAAACAACUCUACGACGUCAGUGCACAAUCGUAAGGAGCGGCGACAAUCGCAGCCUACUUUAGGUAGGCAGAAGGGAUCUCCUCAGGCGCUCAACGUCGAGCAGUCGUUGAACUCCGUUUUCAACUUGACCGAUGUUAGUACUGAGAAGAUAAACGAAGCCUCAGUUGUCAUUGACAUUGUAUCAGAUUCUGAUGAAAAUGACAACCAAUGUGCGUCGAAAGAAGAUAAGUCAAAUUUGUCUGCCCCUGUGCCUCUUGCGGUUCCAACCACACCAAGUUCUCGACAAAAAAAAAUAAAAAGAGAAAAAAAAAAUAAGGAUAGAGAUGUCCAAAUCACACAAAACUUAAGAUUUGGCACAAAAGGAAGCGAAGGUUUGCUACAAACGGCCCUCGCAGCCGAUUCAGAAAUUUUUUCACUUUCGAACAGUUCUAUGAGCUCAAUUUUAUCUGGAGAAGCUACAUUAGGUAAUUCGCAGCAUAAAACUAAAUUGAGUUCGAGCGAUUUGACAUUUACCGGCAGAUUUAAAUCAGUCAAUCAAUUAGAUUUUUUAAACCAGACUAAUUCCGGCUUUUUGUCCGGACCCAACAGUGUGUUGCGAAGCAACGAUUCUGGGAAACAAAAAUUUGAUGAAUAUAAUGCUUACGACUCAAGUGCAUCAUGUAGUCGUCUAUCUCCUUCAACUAUCGAGGAGGUGAGGAAAUCUGAAAAUGUGAUUGAUACGCGGUUACACAAUUUAAGUGCAACUCAGAUGCCUAUGACUUCUGUCGGUGUAGGGUAUGAUCCAAAUAGUAGGCCUGAGUAUUUGGAAAACUCUUCUCAUUCUCAAAUUCCAAAGAGACGUGGAAGAAAGAAAGGAUCAAAGGGUGUGGACGCUAUUAUUGCCAAGGAGUCAUCUAGCUUGUCUCAACAAAUUUUGUUUGGUGGCUCAACUGUUAAAAAGGUAAAGACUACAAAAGAACUCUUCAAUGAAAUUCAGAGCAGAAAAUUAAGUGUUUCCAUGCAAUCAUCAACGAGUAAUCUUUCAAAUUCGUCUACAAAUCGAGAAUUGUCUACUCGUGCAACCAGACCAACAUCAUCUUGUUCAGACACUUCAAUACAUUCUCCACAAAUUUUGGAAACGUUUUCGGGAAAUGCUACUUUAACAAACAAAGUAGAAGAUCCUGCGAAUACGGAUAGUGAUACUGUCACUUCAGAACCAUCUCACGAUAGUAAUAAAUCACACGAAAUUAAGGAAUGUACUUCUGUGGAUAGCAAUAGCAAUUCUAUUCAGACCUUACCUUUAGAAAAAAAUUCGGAAAACUUGAUGCCGAAAAAUUUAAAUGAUAUUACCACUCAACUUAUGCACCUGAUUCACAGCUUAAGCAGCCCAAUGAGUGAAAGUGAAAUUGAGAAAAUGUACCAAUCUCAAAUAGUACCGUGUACUUGCAUAGUUAUCGAAGAAGUUCAAAGUACUUUAGGAGAGUCAAUUGUAGCAUCAGAUAUUGAUACGAACGAUCUAAAAGGUAGUUUAGAUCAUAAAGAUAAUAUUUGCAGUCACAAGAAUGUAGAAAAAUUGAUACCGGAAGAACGUUUGGACAACGAUGAAGUUGGUGACACUCAACCAAAACCAGUAAAGUCCAUAUUUGAUCUAGAUUUCGAUGAUAACGACGAUCCUUUGUAUUCUAUUAUGGAUGAAAUUCGAAAACCAAUGAUAAAGAUUGAGGAAACAAAAAAAAGGAACUCUGAUAGCAAAAACUUAUUGGUUGUUGUAUCUACAAAUAAUGUUUCGCUAAAUUUGAUAAAUGCUAGCGCCGAUGCUCAACCGGAUAAUUCUAAUCAAGAAAUUGAGAGCAGUGGACCACACAAUGUUAGUAUUCCUGUUUUUACAGUUCGCGAAGAUCCCGAUUGCGUAGCAAAAGAAAGGUUUUAUGUUCAAACCAACAAAGUGACAAAUUUUCACAUAAAUGCAUUGCAUAAUUUCUAUAUACCAAACAUAAACGGAAAUUGGGAUAGUGUUGACUCAUCUCAAUUUGAAAAUAACUUUUUCCAUAUCUUGGAGUCAUACACAGUGACUAACGGAGCUGAUGUUGUUCCUAAAUAUGGACUUCUAACAUCAGAUCGAAUAAAAAAAGAUUUAAGUUCUUUAAAAUUUAUAAAACCCUUUAAAGCGAAACCUUUUAAAUCUUUUAUAUCACCAUUUCUUGGCGUUGCAAAGUGUUUACCAACAUGUCGACGUGCCAGACACUCGGCUAAAGAGUGGCCUAACUCAUCGUCUACUGCUGGUGCUACUACGAAAAGAGUUAAAGGUCCCGAAAAUAUAAUAGAAUACAAAUUUAAAAGUUCCAGCCCGCUUAAGGUAAACAUUGAUGAUCCGAUUUCUGGUAUGAACAGCCAUAAUGAAAACCACGUGCCAAUGCAAGUCAAUUCUAACAUCAAAAAAUCACCAUUAUCAAAAUCAUUAUUUGAUUCGUGCUCCGUUAAUGCUUUCAGCUAUGAUUUAUUAAAACUGGCUAAUGAAGAAAACCAGGUUGGAGAUGCUGAAGCAAGCGAUAAAAACAGUAAUCAGGAAUAUAAGGAAGACAGCCCCUAUAGUGCUAGUACUUCUAGCAGCAGUAGCUAUUCCAGUUUAAAAGAAACCCAAGACUCCAUAAACGAAAAGCUGCGAAAUCAGGCAAUCGACAGAAAACUAGAAACAACUCGAAGAAUCGGAAAAACAUAUGUAGGGGAUGCUACGAAAAAGAAGAAACGAUUACGCAAUGAAUUUAAUGGGUCAGCUAAACGGAUUAGGAUUGCUUUGAAUGGAACCUUUUCAAAUCUGAGUAGUAACAAUAACAGUAGUGAUAGUGACAACGGGGUAGAUAAUGAUGAUGAGAACGAAUUCGAAAACAGCAAUAACGAAGAGUACGCAGUUGUUCAACGCUCAAUAGCUGAUGGUGGAGCUUGCAGCAAUCAUAUUGUAUUGACAAUAAAAAAAACUCCAAGUAAAAUUAACUCUCCAGCAAACUCAAUGACUGCAGUUUCACCAAAAACAGCAUUAGAAGGGGGGAACGUAAAAAACUCUAUUCCCAACUCUAAUCUGGAAGAAGCGUUUAAAUCACGAAGUACAUCUGAAAUUCCACUGAAAAAUGGCAAUUUAAUAUCGAAAACAAGAAAGCUUGCACCUCGACCCAGGCAUAACCGCUAUCGCCGUACAAGUCGAAAACACGAUAAAACUCAAAUUAAAGCUUUUGAUUUAGAACUACAAAAUUGUUUCCAUUUAAAACCAAAGGCAACAGAUCCCUCUUCGGAUACAAAGCUUCAUCAUAAACUGUUCUUUCCCCAUGAAUUGUGCAGGGAAAACGCUGCGGGUAGGAAAGAAAGGAUAUUUAAUUAUAGCAGUAGCAGCAGUUCUAGUUAUGACGAUGAUAGCGAAGUGGAAAAUACCUCCGUGGAGGGGGAAGAGGAAGCGACAAAACUUUCAACGCUUGAUAUAUAUAAUUUAAAACUUGAGACUGAAACGAGUGCCGAAGCAUCGAUUUCGGAAGUGAAAUUUGAAAGCGAAGAAGAUUCGUGUUUAACUUUGUUAACCGAUGGCGAUUCCGAUGACCAAGAAGUAAUUCAAGAAAUUUCCGAUACAGUCGAUGACCUAAACGAUUUUCAAAACAACAACUUGCUGCAAUCUUUUAAUUCAAUAUAUGAUGAGCGUCUGCCAAUGAAACCGAAGCCUGCUGUCAGUAUGGAAUCAUCCCCGCCCCUAGAAUCUCUCGAAUCACUAAGAAACAAGAAUUCUGAUGUUAGUAAUAGAUGUUGUAACAAUAACAACUUAGGUAUAGACUUAACUAAUGAAUGCAGUAACAUUAGUCGGAAACCUAUGGAUUCUGCAGAGUCAAUAACUAAAUUGCCAUUGCUUGGCGUUGAGUGCCGUACUGGCAUUCGAGCAUCCUCCGGUGCUGCACCUACCAGAGUAUCUGACAUGAACUUAAACAGGAUUCAAACAUUUAAGGAAUGGCAUCAAGUUCUCCAGUUAAAAUCCUACAACAAUGAGCCCUUAAUCGUUCUGCCUUACGUUUUGCUUGAAUAAAUUCAAAGUUUCUCUCACGCUGUGUGAUAGCAUUUCCAAAACAAACAAAAAAAAGAAAAUGUAAAAGCGUGUGUCAAAGUAAAUACCUUUAAAAAAUUAUUAUCAUUUUAAUUCUAACGUGUUGUGUUGUGCAUACUUAGUCAGUUUUGAUUAGAUCACAGCACUGUUGGUUAAUUGUAUGUUUGCCAGGAUAAAAAAUAUAUUAAUAUAAGAAGAAAUAGUUGCGUUCGCAACAUGAAUUUUUGUAACAUUCUACUGUUAAAACAAUUUUAUAUGUUUUUACUUCAAAAAUUUCAGUAAAUAUAUUAAUAUAAGUAAUGAAAACUAAUGUAAAAAAAUAACUGUAAAUAAACUAGAUAUAUUUUAAAUAAGUUUCUUAAUAAAUUUAUUUUAAAAAUUUAA